AUGGAGAUUGUACACGUGUAUCAGAAGAAGCGCCGCGAGUUCGGGCGGCAAUGCGUCUUCUCCGACCGCAAGGCGAAGGAGAUGGUGAACAUCGAGCCCGAUGAAGGCCAGCGUGACGAGUUCAUCUACAAGAACCCUGCCGAUGUUGCCAUCCAAUGCACGAAGGACUUUUCCGAACAUGAGGUCAACACAGAGACGGUCGAGUUCAAGGACAGUGGAAUGAACCAUGUCGAGGGCGGCUGGCCAAAGGAUAUUGAUCCAGACGAGGUGGAGCAGGUGAUGCGCUACAGAAAGAAGGUGGAGAAGGACGAAACGUUCCAGGAAACCAUCAUGAACUUGGGAGGGAUGAUGGAGACGUUUAUCCAACAGAACAAUGCAAUUGACAUUUACGAGGAGUAUUUCCCGCACGAGAGCGAGACGGCUGUACUUGAGCCGCCAGCCGCCACCAUGGUCAACGUCUUCAGAGACCCCUGCACACCCGCGCGAUCCGCCUCAUCGCUGUCGUGGUACCCCGAUGGCGCACGAAAGCUUGCUGUUGCAUACAGCAUCCUCGAGUUUCAGAAGGCGCCGGCCGAUGUCUCCAUGGACAGCUACGUCUGGGACCUUGAGCGGCCCAACAUGCCCGACUUUACGCUGUCGCCGUCGUCGCCAUUGGUGUCGCUGCGGUACAACCCGAAGGACGUGCACAUCCUGCUUGGCGGGUGCUACAACGGGCAGGUUGCCAUCUGGGAUACGCGCAAGGGCUCGCGGCCGCUGGAGACAUCGCCCGUCGAGCAAUCGCACAGGGACCCCGUCUACGCAGCAGAGUUUCUUGCCUCAAAGACAGGUACGCACACGUGCACACAUACGUACACACGCUCUUUACGACGUGUGAAGUGGUGCGACACGCGCAAGCUGUCUGAGUCGACUGAGUCGCUUGCGCUGGAGGUCAUCGGCAGCGUCCUCGGCGGCGUCGCUCUCGACUUGAGCCACCCAUGCACACCGCUACAUGCUCAGUUGCCACGCACGCACACCGUGAUUGGUACCGAGGAAGGCAUUGUGAUCAACGGCAACAAGAAGGCAAAGACGCCGGCAGAGAAACUUGCACAGACAUACGGCGCCCACCACGGCCCCGUGUACACUGUGAAGCGCAACCCGUUCUUCCAGAAGUACUUUAUGACGGUUGGCGACUGGACCUCACGCAUCUGGUGCGAGGACGUCCGCGAGGACCCGAUUGGCGAGGCCGAGGAGAACUUCUGGCAGAACGUCGAUCCGGAGAAGUGGUCUGAGAUGCGUCUUGCUCGCGAUUCCGUGGCCAAUGCCGCCACCACUGGCGACGCCGCCGCCGCAGAGUAGACGGCAGCACCAGCUCACGAACACGGCAGCACAGCACCAACCAUGCAGCGCCAACCAUGCGCGUGUCGACGUCGCAGCACUGACUGGGUCACACGCCCUUCCUUUUCCCAGCGCCAGCAGCAGCAGCAGCAGCAGCAGCAGCCCUGUUCUUCUCUUUGACCUGUUGUAUUCUUUCUUGGUGUGUUAUUUUGCGUGUGUCUGUUCGAAGCUGUUGUUGCCUGGGAGCAUGUGUGUGCAUGUGUGUGCAUGUGCAUGCGCGCUAUGUGCCGCCGUGUGUGCAUGUGAGUGCAUGUGUGUACAUGUUUGCGAUUUCUGUGUUUGUCUUCUUGCUCGUGCAUGUGCGUUGCACGUGGCCGCCUCCCUGCGCUGCACUUGUCUCCCCCGUGUUGGUGCCCAAGCAACAACCCUUUCCCCCUUUCUCCUUCGUAAUGUACAUGUACAUGGAUGCAACUUUGUUUCUUGUGCGCUUCAUGCGUAUAUGUGUGUCGUGUGUGUGCGUGCGUGUGUGUGUCUGUCGUGUGUGUUGUUUUUUUUUUUCCAUCUUGCUUGCCAUACAGGAACGUUCUGAG